UAAUUGAUAACGUGUGUUUGAUUAUAGUUUUUAUUUGGUUUUGUUUGUGUUUGCUUGUUCCAUUGUUCUGAAUAAUCUGUUUUCGUUCGAAAUUCAAAUACCUAAUUAAUAAAGAAUGGCCGGCUUGGGCGCUCUUCCGUGAAGGUGGUAAAAUGUGACUUCAAGAUGGCGACCUCUGACGUCACAGUCCAAGAUGGCCUGAAGCAUCCAUAUUUAUUGGCGCUUGUACGUUGGUGCGUGUCGUCUUUCUGGACAACUGCAACUGUCAUCCUGCACAGACUGAUCACAGCAAGGAUUCCACAGGUUAAAGCAGCCAAGCAGCCGAAGCCCCGGCCGGCGAGCUACGGGCACCUGCACCCGGAGCCCCGAGUUGACUGCGAAGUGCUGCACUCUCCAGAACUACCACAAGAACAUACUCUUGACGUUAUCUUCGUGCACGGACUGUAUGGUUCAUUAGGUAAUACGUGGCGGCAAGGCGAAUGGCAAAUAAAGUACGAUAAAGCGCCAAAGAAAAUCCCACUACGUCGACCGCAUUCCGUACCCACCUGCAAAUGUAUCGAUGAACGAACAAAAUGCUGUAGUGAUAUCAGAAGUGAUGACGAUAUUGAAAUCCGACACAGGAGUUCUAAUGGGAAUUAUGAAUUUAGUACCAAAAAUGAUGAAAAUGAUGUAUUAAGUGAAAUAAAUGAUGAAAAUGAGUCUAACACUAAAAUUAAAAGCUGCAAUUGUGGUAAAGAUGCCGAAUUAAAUGAUAAUAAUGCUACACUUAACGAAUUAAAUGCAAUGAAAUGCCGCGAUAUCGAAAUAAACGAUAAAAUAAGGCAGAAAAACUUAAAAGGUGACACUGAUAUUCGGAAAAAUGACUGCAGGUUUAAAAUAAAUGAAAAUGAUGACGAAUUUUUUGACCUAAGGAUGCCAUCGUCGAAUAUUACAAAAAGUAAAAGCGAUGCUAACAUACAAAAUAACUACAUUAACUAUUCAGGUGAAGAUAUAAUGAAAACGGAUGUUGAUAGUCAUUUAUAUGAUAAUAUAAAAAAGAUUUUGCCCAAUGAGAACUUGCUGAUAACUGAGAAGUUUUACAACAACACGCUCUUAGAUGAUGUCGAUAUAGGCAGCUAUGAGACCCAAGCACAGUUUGUCAAGGACUUAUUCGAAAACAGCGUAAAAGUUAAAAGUGAUGAAAGUGAAGGUGAAGUGAAGGCGAGUGAUUGCAAGUGCGGAAUGAAGUGCGAGGCUGGGUGUGGGUGCAUUUGUGACGAUUGCUACUCACCCUGCUGGCCCAGGGACUGGAUAAGGGUGGACUACCCCGGAGCGAGGGUGAUAUCCGUUAACUACACGAGCGAUCCCUACUUGUGGCGACCGCUCUGGGUCAAGGAAAGCAAAAGGCUCCGCCUACACGAGCGAGCGGAACAGAUGACGUCCCAGUUACUGGAGCUCGGGGUGGGGGAGAGGCCCAUUAUUUGGGUGGGGCAUUCCAAGGGAGGGCUGUUUAUUAAGAAGAUUUAUUGCGAGGCAUACGAAGCCCAUCUUAAACUCACAAAGCAAAGUGCAGCCGAAGAAAUCCUAAGAGAACAAACCAAUGAACAAAAUACAACAGAAUGUAGAAAUGAUAAUGAAAUAAAUCAUUGUAGAGACAAGAUGACCGACACAGUUGACGCAAAUAUAGCUGAUGUGAAUUCCAAUGAAAAUAAUUAUGGCGAAAAUAAAAUGGACGUUAUUGAUACAGAUAACAAACCACAUAAAGUUAAUGAACAAACCAAUCUUAGUAUGAAUAUAUAUGAUGACAAAAUUGAGAAGAUAAAUAAAAAAGCUGGUAGUAAUGAUGCAAAUUCAAAUGAUUCGAAUAAUUUGAGUGACUUUAGUCAAAUAGUUGAUAGUGAUAUAGAAAAUAAGGAAGCCAUUGCGAAUAGCUCCAGUCAUGAUGAAGUUUCAAAUCAUAAUAGAAACAAAAUUUGCAGCAAAGAUGGUUUUGAUGACAGUGAAAUGGUAGCUGACAACUGUGAUAAUAAUGGAAACAUUCCCGAAUUAAUAACAGAUAACCAAGAAGAUAAAGAAACCAACUUAAAUACAGAUGAUGGCGGUUCCGCACUCUCGCUGCCAGCAGCGGCGGUGGAGCGCCGUGCGCGUGUGUGGCGCCGCAGCGCGGGGUUCAUGUUCUACUCGGUGCCGCACCGCGGGUCCCCGCUGGCGGACAUCAAGACGCCGAUCACGGCGCGCAGUGUGGAGCUCAUGGAGAUUUGCAAAGAUUGUCCGUUGGUGUUAUCGCUACAAGACAGCUGGUCUGUGGCUACCGCGCCCACCAUGCCGCCUGUGAGGAGCGUGGUGGAAACUUGCCGUACACUGAUGUCCGUUCUGUACUUACGCAUCGUCAGCGUGGACUCUGCAGACCCCGGCAUCGGUUCGCUGAACGGUGUGGAUGUGGACCACAGGGAGAUCUGCAAACCUUCAAGCAGAAGCUGUCUGCUGUACCGGGAGCUCAUGACCUUGAUGGAGGCCGCCCUCAACAAACGGCCUGGGCACGUCCAGUGCUAAAUCAUAUAACCCGUGACUCUCAGACAAAUCUGUACAAGAUCCGGGAAUUAUUUUCGCGUACCGUUACUCUAUAGCCUCAAAGUAAAGAAAACCUAAUGCUUAUCGUUCUAAAGUCGCAAAUCCUGUACUUGUAAUUUUAAUUUUACAAGUUCUCCGCUGAAUCCCUAGCUGAAGUAUUAAAUCAAAGUAAUUAUUGAUUGCACCACCUACCUCUUUUCUAUGUUUUUUCCUUUUACGCCAUUGGUUAGUUGGAAGAAAUCGCUAUGUAGCGAUAAGGC